AAUCAGAGCUUAAGCUCUAAGGUCCUCCAUUAAUGACUUCUCCGAGCUCCUCCCCAGCCUCCCCUCCCUCCUCCUCCUCCUUACAGAUCAUCACUCGGUAAAAGGGUCACCCCCACUAGGGCCCCACGAUGUCGUUUCUCCGGCGGAGGCGGGCCACCUCCGCCGAUGCCCCCCAGCCACCGUCACCGUCGAAAGAAUCCCACUCCAAGAGGGACAGACACAAGAAAGGCAGCAAAAACGAUGGCAAUAAACAGACCGAACAGCCGGCCCCUCCGCUGCAGCCGCCGCCUCCGCCUCCGCCGCCGCCGACGAAGAAGUGGUCGUGCAUCGACGGGUGCUGCUGGUUCAUCGGGUGCAUAUGCUCGACCUGGUGGCUGCUGCUGUUCCUCUACAAUGCGAUGCCGGCGUCGUUCCCUCAGUACGUGACUGAGGCGAUUACGGGGCCACUGCCUGACCCGCCUGGGGUGAAGCUCCGGAAGGAGGGGCUGACAGCGAAGCACCCAGUUGUCUUCGUGCCCGGGAUCGUCACCGGCGGGCUCGAGCUCUGGGAGGGCCACCAUUGCGCCGAUGGGCUGUUCAGGAAGCGCCUCUGGGGUGGCACCUUCGGGGAGCUCUAUAAACGACCUUUGUGCUGGGUUGAGCACAUGUCACUUGAUAAUGAGACGGGAUUGGAUCCUUCUGGAAUAAGGGUCAGGCCUGUUUCUGGUCUUGUUGCAGCGGAUUAUUUUGCUCCGGGUUAUUUUGUCUGGGCGGUCUUGAUUGCAAAUUUGGCCAGACUAGGAUAUGAGGAGAAGACUAUGUACAUGGCUGCAUAUGACUGGAGACUGUCCUUUCAGAACAAUGAGGUCAGAGACCAGACACUCAGCAGGAUAAAGAGCAACAUAGAGGUCAUGGUGGCUACAAAUGGUGGUAGAAAGGUGGUUGUAAUACCACACUCGAUGGGUGUUCUUUACUUUCUACAUUUCAUGAAGUGGGUUGAAGCUCCAACUCCUAUGGGCGGAGGAGGUGGACCCGACUGGUGCGCAAAACACAUAAAGGCAGUUAUGAAUAUUGGUGGGCCAUUUUUAGGUGUUCCAAAAGCAGUUGCAGGACUCUUUUCUAUUGAAGCAAAAGAUAUAGCUGUUGCCCGGUCGUUUGCCCCAGGUGUAUUGGACAAGGACGUCUUUGGGCUUCAGACUCUACAGCAUAUGAUGAGGAUGACCCGAACUUGGGAUUCAACCAUGUCAAUGAUACCGAAAGGCGGUGACACUAUUUGGGGUGGCCUUGAUUGGUCACCUGAAGGAUUCGCCAGCUGUAGCUCAAAAAGGUCAAAGAAUAACUAUGGUAACAGCACUAAAGGUCACCAACGUAAGAAGGUGAAUUACGGGAGGCUAAUAUCGUUCGGGAAAGAUAUAGCUGAAACCCAUUCCUCAAUGAUUAAGAGGACAGAUUUCAGGGGUGAAUUCAAGGGCCAUAACCUCUUAAAUACGACCAACUGUGAUGUUUGGACAGAGUACCAUGAUAUGGGAGUACAGGGUGUAAAAGCAAUCUCGGACUACAAGAUGUACACUGCAGGUUCAAUAUUGGACCUUCUGCACUUUGUUGCCCCAAAGAUGAUGAAGCGUGGGAGCGCCCAUUUUUCAUAUGGAAUUGCCGAUAAUUUAGACGACCCAAAGUAUCAACACUACCGAUAUUGGUCGAAUCCAUUGGAAACCAAGUUACCAAAUGCUCCGGAUAUGGAGAUAUAUUCUAUGUACGGAGUCGGGAUACCCACAGAACGAGCGUAUGUAUACAAGCUAACCCCCCCUUCCGAAUGCUACAUUCCUUUUCAGAUAGACAGCUCUGCGGAUGGUUCAGGUGACGAUUCUUGUCUACAAGGUGGAGUUUUCUCAAUCAAUGGGGACGAGACUGUUCCCGUCUUGAGUGCAGGCUUUAUGUGUGCGAAAGGGUGGAGGGGGAAAACUCGAUUCAACCCCUCGGGGAUAAGGACUUUGAUAAGGGAGUAUGACCAUGCCCCACCCGCUAACCUGUUGGAGGGCCGGGGAACCCAGAGUGGGGCACAUGUGGACAUCUUGGGCAACUUUGCAUUGAUUGAGGAUAUCUUAAGGGUGGCUGCCGGGGCCACGGGAGAUGACUUGGCGGGAGAUCGGGUCUACUCAGAUAUCUUCAAGUGGUCUGAGAGGAUUGACUUGCCACUCUAGAAGAUCUAUUACGUGACAAUGUAGUCCAUGUCUCCAUUCUUGGGCAAAACGACAAUCCGAACCGGCUCUCAUAGUUCCCCAUAGCCAAUAGUUGGGAAGCAGCAAGUCCAAACCUAUACAGCCGACCAGUCAUUCCAGAAAAAUGAAAGGGUAGGGUUGAGGAUUUUCUCGUGGCAUUCGCUGAAACUAAACAGCUUCACUGUCUUGGAAAACGCUCAAACAGCUAGGAGGAAGAAUCGAUAUCUCACUGUUGCGCGACGGUAGGCUUCCCGUCUCCUCUGUGGGUUAUAUCGACUUCUGUAAGAUACACGUGGUUUCCCACCUUCCCGGGAUUCUGGGCGAUUGGUCAAUCAAUUUAUUUGAUUAAUUUGUCCAUGAAAUUUUGUAUUAGAACUGUAAAUUCUGUUAUAACCGCGGGUUCUAUAAAUUUUUCGUCCUGUUUUAUCAAUUCUCCAGAACUGGGUAAGCAAGCAAUUGAUAUCCCUGUUGUGCUGCACUCCUACAGAUACAAAACAAUUGAAUAGCAGUGGAAUUUCCAUUGAA